AUGGGUGAGCCCCGCCGCCGCCGCCGCCUGCCGCCUGCCGCCAGCUGCUCACAGGCCAGGGCCAGCACUGAGUGUGUUGGGAGGCCAGCUCUGCAGUCCUCGAUCGCCCCUACAUGGCAUGCCGGCUGCGCUGGAGGCCCGUUGCCCACAUCCCGCCUCCACCACCCGCCCCCGCGUGCCCCUUUUCCGCGCUUGCGCAGCGGCGGCGGCGGCGGCGGCCGCGGCCGCGGCCGGCGCCUGCUCAACCGCGGCAUGAACAACGGCAACUACAUCGGGCGGCGGGGCGACGCGCCCGGCGGCGGCGGCGACGCCGACGCAGCUGCUGCGGCCCCCAAGGAGGACGACCAUGCGGCAGAGGCGGCGCUGGGCUUUGCACUGCACACCGAUGGGCCCGACCGCCUGGGCUGGCUGAUGAACAUGAACCAGAGCCAGAAGGUGGACAAGGAGAGCGGCCAUGCGUUCAGCGUGGUCAACUGCUACUUCAUGUGCCAGGACGGCGGCAUGUUCAAGGCACAGGUGGAGUAUGCUCCCUACUUCUACCUGCAAGUCAAGGACGACCUGGAGAUGGAGGUGGACAGCUGGCUGCGCCGCAAGUUUGAGGGGGCGCUCAAGGAGGUGGAGGUGGUGCAGCGGGAGGAUCUGGAUCUGAAGAACCACCUGAGCGGCAUCCAGCGCAAGCUGCUCAAGCUGACCUUCUGGAACCAGGAGCAGCUGCAGCAGACGCGGCGCGAGGUGCAGCCCAUUGUGAGCCGCAACCGGUACCGCCGCGACGGCACCUCCGCCUACCAGCUGCUGGCGGAGCAGCAGCGGCCCGCGGCGGCCAAGGCCGGCAAGGAGCGGCUGCAGGAUGCGCUGGAGAGCAUUGUGGAGAUGCGGGAGCACGACGUGCCGUACCAUGUGAGGUACGCCAUCGACUCCGACGUGCGCUGCGGCCACUGGUUCACAGUGCGGGCCAAGGGCGGCAAGGUGACGCUGGAGCGGCGCGCCGACCUGCUGCAGCGUGCGGAGCCUCGCGUGUGCGCGUUUGACAUCGAGACCACCAAGCUGCCGCUGCAGUUCCCCAACGCAGAGUACGACCAGGUCUUCAUGAUCUCCUAUAUGCUCGACCGCCAGGGCUACCUCAUCAUCAACCGGGAGGUGGUGGGGGCAGACGUGGGCAACUUUGAGUACACGCCCAAGCCGGAGUUUGAGGGCCCCUUCCACGUCUUCAACUGCGCCGACGAGGCGGCCUGCCUGCGCAAGUGGUUUGACCACAUGCGGGAGGUCCAGCCAGCCAUCUACGUCACCUACAACGGAGACUUCUUUGACUGGCCCUUCAUAGAGACGCGCGCCGCCAAGCACGGCAUGGACAUGGAGAAGGAAAUCGGCUUCGCCUGCAACCGCAAGUCAAAUGAGACGCUCAGCAGGAUGGCGGUACACAUGGACUGCCUGCACUGGGUGAACCGAGACUCGUACCUGCCGCAGGGCUCGCGUGGCCUCAAGAUGGUGACCAAGUACAAGCUGGGGUACGACCCCGUGGAGGUGGACCCGGAGGAUAUGGUGCGCCUGGCGAGCGAGCGGCCGCAGGACAUGGCCGCCUACUCUGUGUCUGACGCCGUCUCCACCUACUACCUCUACAUGACCUAUAUCCACCCCUUCAUCUUCUCCCUGUCCACCAUCAUCCCCAUGCCGCCCGACGAGGUGCUGCGCAAGGGGUCGGGCACGCUGUGCGAGAUGCUGCUCAUGGUGCAGGCAUACCAGGCGCGCAUCGUGGCCCCCAACAAGCACACCGCCGCCUCGGAGCGCAUGUACAAGGGCCACCUGCUGGAGAGCGAGACAUACAUCGGGGGCAAGGUGGAGGCGAUUGAGUCGGGCGUCUUCCGCUCCGACCUUCCCACCAAGUUCCGGUGCAAGCCAGAGGCGUACCAGCGCCUCAUCGACAAGCUGGACGGCGACCUGGAGUAUGCGCUGAGGACAGACGGCAAGAUGGCACCCGAGGACUGCAAGAACUACGCAGAGGUGCGGGAUGAGAUUCGGAGCAUGCUGGAGCGCCUGCGGGACACCCCCACCAGGGACGAGGUGCCCCUCAUCUACCACCUGGAUGUCGCCGCCAUGUACCCCAACAUCAUCCUCACCAACAGGCUGCAGCCGUCCUCCAUCGUCACCGACGAGGACUGCGCCGCCUGCGACUUCAACCGCCCCGGCAAGACCUGCCUGCGCCAGAUGGAGUGGGUGUGGCGUGGGGAGACAUACUCGGCCACCCGUGCCGAGUACACAUCCCUCAAGGCGCAGCUGCAGUCUGAGACCUUCCCGCCGGCGGAGUCCGGCGGGCCGCAGCGCCUGUGGUCCGACCUGGCGCACGAGGAGAAGGGGAAGCUGCUGAAGGACCGGCUGAAGAAGUACUGCCAAAAGGUGUACAAGCGAGUGCUGGAUAAGCCCACCAGCGAGAAGCGGGUGGCGGGCAUCUGCCAGCGCGAGAAUUCGUUCUACGUUGACACAGUGCGCGCAUUCAGGGAUCGGCGGUACGAGUACAAGGGGCUGACCAAGGAGUGGAAGGGCAAGCUGGACGACGCCAAGGCCAGCGGCAACCCCAUCAAGGUGCAGCAGGCCAAGGACAUGUGCGUGCUGUACGACUCUCUGCAGCUGGCCCACAAGUGCAUCCUCAACUCCUUCUACGGCUACGUGAUGCGCAAGGGGGCGCGCUGGUACAGCAUGGAGAUGGCGGGGGUGGUGACCCAUACCGGCGCCAACAUCAUCAAGCGCGCCAACGAGCUGAUUGGGCAGCUGGGGAAGCCGCUGGAGCUGGACACCGACGGCAUCUGGUGCUGCCUGCCAGGCAGCUUCCCGGAGGACUUCAAGUUCAAGCACUCCUCCACCGGCAAGGUCUUCAAGAUGAGCUACCCCUGCGCCAUGCUCAACGUCACGGUGGCCGAGAACAACACCAACGACCAGUUUGCGACCCUGGUGGACAGCGAGCGGCGGCAGUACGAGGUCAGCAGCGAGAUGAGCAUCGAGUUUGAGGUGGACGGGCCCUACAAGGCCAUGAUCCUGCCGGCUUCCAAAGAGGAGGGGAAGCUGAUCAAGAAGCGGUACGCCGUCUUCAACUUCGACGGCAGCCUGGCGGAGCUCAAGGGCUUUGAGCUCAAGCGGCGCGGCGAGCUGAAGCUCAUCAAGGUCUUCCAGGGUGAGGUGUUUGACCAGUUCCUCAAGGGCGACUCUCUGGAGGAGUGCUACGCGGCGGUGGCGGCGGUGGCCAACCGCUGGCUGGACAUGCUGGACACGCGGGGCGUGGACCUGACGGAUGAGGAGCUGGUUGACCACAUCAGCGAGAUGUGCGUGAUGAGCAAGAGCCUGGAGGAGUACGAGGGGCGCAAGAGCUGCGCGGUGACGUGCGCCAAGCGGCUAUCGGAGUUUCUGGGCGACGGGCGCAUCAAGGACAAGGGCCUGGUGUGCAACUACGUGAUUGCGCGCAACCCUUCCAACCUGCCCACCUCGGAGCGGGCGAUACCCGUGGCCAUGUUCUCCACCGAGCCUGCGGUGGCCAAAGCCUACCUGCGGAAGUGGUGCGGCGGGGACGUGCCCGAUGUGCGGCACAUUGUGGACUGGAGCUACUACAAGGAGCGGCUGGGCAACGCCAUCCAGAAGAUCAUCACAAUCCCUGCCGCCAUGCAGCGCCUGGCCAACCCAGUGCCCCGGGUGAAGCACCCCGACUGGCUGCACAAGAAGGUGCAGGAGAAGGAGGACACCUUCAAGCAGACCCGCAUCGAUGCGCUGUUUGGGGCGGCCGCAAAGGUGGGCAGGCGGGUGGGCGGCGGCCCUGUGGGCAUCGCCACUAGCGUGGACGUGGGGCGGACCCCAGGAGGAGCAGCAGCAGCAGCAGCAAGGGGCGGCGAGAAUGCCGACGCCGGCAACCGGCAGCAGGGUGGCAGCGGCGGCGGCUCCGGCGCUGGUGCCGCAGCUGCAGCGGCGGCCACGGCGGCCGAGGUGGCUGAGGAGGCGGAGCUGCCUGACCCGCAUGAUGACUUCCGGGGCUGGCUGGCUGGAAAGAAGGCGCACUGGCGGCGCAGCCGGGAGGCGCGCAAACGCAAGCGGGCCGAGGCCGCCGGCGGCGGCGGCCACGGCGGCAGCCGCCAGCGCACCGGCGCGGGCGCCGCAGACGUGGGCGCCAUGUUCCAGCAGCAGGCGGCAGCGGCGGCGGCCUCGCACUGGCAGAUAGUCAGCAUCGCAGCCACUCGGGAGCCAGGCGUGUACAAGGCAUGGGCGGUGAUCAACGGCCGCAUGCAUGCCAUCCCGCUGCGCAUCCCGCGCACAGUGUAUGUGGAUGUCGCUGCGGCGCCGGGGACGCCAGAGGCGGAGGGGCUCGGCGUUGCCGUGCGGCGCACGCUGCCCGGCGGCCGCCAGCCAGCCCACACCUACCAGCUGAGCGUGGAGGAGGAGGCUUACCGGUCGCGGCUGCCAGAGCUGCAGGCCCGGCUGGCGGCGGCGGGGGUACGGGGCGUGUAUGAGGACCGGCUGCCGCCGGAGCUGAAUGCGGCGCUGCAGCUGGGGUGCGUGGCGGUGGUGGCCCCCUCAGCGCGCCGCCGCAACCUGGGCGCCGGCUUCGACCUGGCUGAGCUGCACAUGAAGGCGGUGGCACAGGUGGGGGCUGCCGCGGGGAUGGAUGUUUGCAUGCUGUGGUGUGCAUGCUGUGUGCAUGCUAUUUGCGAACCAGGUGUGCGGGACAGGUGUGCGCAAGGCAUGGCUGCAUCGGCCUCCUGCCUGCCGCCUUCCUCGCAGCAGCAGGGGGAGGAGCGGGAGGUGCCUGCGUUUGAGGUGGCGUAUGUGCGCAGCCAGGAGGCGGCGCUGAAGCAGGUCCAGAAGGAGCUCGGGCGCAUCAGGGACCGCGCACGCGCCCCGACCGUGCUUCUGCUCAACACAGACGACCAGCAAGGCCUGCUGCACUCGCUGCCCGCGCUGGCAGACCUGCCCACCGCCGGCAUGCCGGUGGCCGCGCCCACCUCGGCGCUGCCGGCGCUGGGCUGGCAGCUGCCCGCGGCUCGGGCGGCCGUGGCGCAGCUGCUGGCUGCGGGGGAGUGGCUGCAGGCACGCAUGCUGCUGGCCUCUGCUUGCCCGCCUUUGCAUGGUUACGCCCACCUCCCCCUGUCCACCAUCGGCCCCGACUGGAUCAUUGACGCCUCGGAUGCCCUCUUCGCCCGCCAGCUCCGCGAGGCGGGCCACCUGCUGUGGGUGUGCGACCCCUCCCAGCCCGACCUGGCCAGCCGCCCCACAGACCAGGCUGAGGCGCUGACCCUGCGGGAGCAGCAGCAGCAGAUAGAGAUCUGCUUCCCGGGCGCCUACCGCUGUGUGUGCGUGGAGCUGCGGCUGUCGCACCUGGCUGUGAAUGCCGUGCUGGAGGUGAGCGGGGCCGGCCGGGCAGCCGCGGGCGGCAGCAUUGCUUCGCCACCUUGCCUGCCUGCCUACCAAUCAACGGUCUCACAUCCGCUUCUAUCUUCUCCGCUCGGCCUGCCUGCCGCCCGCAGGGUGCUGAAGAAUCUUGCGCAGAGCUGGAUGGAGGAUGCCACCAAGCGCAGCAACAUUUGUGCCGACACCCUGCUGCGCAACCUGUACCGCUGGAUCUCCUCCCCGGCGUCCCGCCUGCACGACCCCUCACUCAAGCAGAUGGUGCAAGGGCUGAUGCAGAAGCUGCUGCUGCAGCUGAUUGCGGAGCUGCAGAAGCUGGGCGCCACUGUAGUGCACGCCGACUGCAGCACCCUCAUCCUCUGCACCGGCAAGCGCAACCUGACUGCGGCGGUGGGGUAUGCCGACUACAUUCUGCACACCCUGUCCAAGCGCGAGCUCUUCCAGUGGCUCUCCCUCACCCCCUCCAAGUUCUGGCACACGCUGCUGCUCAAGGACAGGUUUAACUAUGUGGGCAUCCUUGCCGAGGUGCCACCGGCGCUGCAGGAGGCGCUCGUAGCCACCCCCGGCAAGCUGACCAGCGCAGAGGACUACCUGCCGCCCGUGCUGCACGAGACCUUCCUGGCCGCAGCCGUCGAGUUUGUGUGGAAGCCCUGGCAGGCUGCCCAGCAGAGCAGCCUGGCGGAGGGCGCCACGCAGGGCGGCUCGCAGCCGCCGCCACCUCCCUUCCUGCAGGCGGUGCGCGACGCGCAGGAGAGCGCCGAGGCGCAGGCAGACUGGCUGCGGCGGGAGCUGUGCGGCGACUUUGAGAACAAGCUGCUGAAGCAGACCGCAUACGUGGUCAAGAACAUCGGCGCCCACGACGGCCAGCCCGGCCACGCCUUCCCGCGCCUGGCGGGCUCCCACCUGACCGACGAGGAGCUGGGCACCCCCGCCCUUGCCUUUGUGCGCGCGGUGUGCCACCUGUUUGCGCUGGAUGGCGAGGUGGCGGACGAGGUGGCCCGGCUGCGCCGCAGCAUGCUGCAGUCCAUGAAGGUGAAGGAGUUCUCCCCGGCAGCAGAGUUCAAGGACCCCUGCCUCACGCUGGUGCUGCGCGACGUCAUCUGCCCCACCUGCCAGGACUGCCAAGACCUGGACCUGUGCCGCGACCCGGCGAUCCAGCGCCGCGACUGGCACUGCUCGGCCUGCGGCGCCGAGCGGGACGUGACGGCCAUUGAGGAGCAGCUGUGCGGCGUGCUGCAGCAGGCCGCCGACGGCUACCAGCUGCAGGACCUGCGGUGCAUGAAGUGCGCCUCGGUGGCCACCAACCACCUGCAGCAGAGCUGCGACGUGUGCGGCGGGCACCUGCGCGGCACGCAGCCGCCGGUGGGUGGCGCCGCACCGCGCCUGGGGCUGCUUCGACAUUUACACAUGCUUGGCUGUGGCGCUCGCCAUUGUCGAGCCGCGGCAAGGCCCCCUCGCCGCCCCAUCCUCCCUCCUCCAUAG